AAUCGCUUUGAUAGCAGUUCUUCUCUUGCUUCUAUAUAUAUGUUGUAGCAAUCAUCAUGCCUUGCCUAUUCUACUGAAGGGGAGGAUUUAGAUAUCAUCAUCACAUUCAUAAUUUGUGAUUUUGACCCAAAAAGAAGCUGGAAUGAAGGGAAGAUUCUUGUGCUUUCUGAUUGUUCUCCAAUCAGUGAGUUGGGUUUCUGUAGCUAAGAGGCCUUUUUCUCCAGAUCAUGCCAUGUCCCAUCCAGGUACAAAUGAGUCAGCAGCACCAAAGUCUUCACCACCCUAUACUACUAUAGAGUCAGAAAAGAAGAUGAAGUCGUUGGAAAAUUGGAAAGCAGUGAAGAAAAUAGGGUCAAGUCCACCAAGCUGUGAGCACAAGUGCUAUGGUUGCACACCAUGUGAAGCCAUUCAAGUUCCCAGCACCGGCAAGCGCACUCAUUUAGCCAUUCACUACGCCAAUUAUGAGCCUGAGAGCUGGAGAUGCAAGUGUGGUCCCUUCUUCUACAGCCCAUGAUUAAUUAAUUAAUUCAUUUUGUUCAUAUCAUCAUAUCCAAUUCAAUGUAUAAUUUAAUACUCCAUUUCAUUUGCUUUUUUUCUCUGUACCAACCACAUAUGUAAAAUACAUGCACAAUGCGUGACCAACUUCAUUUGACUUAAUUUGUUAAAAUUAAAUGUUAAUGCAGAAGAUUUAUGCAAA